AUGGCCGCGGCAAGGGCCGCCGCGCGGCCCGUGCGGCCUGCCGUGGCGCGCUGCUGCGCAGGGGCGCCGCUGCCCGCGGGGCCCGCGGCGGCCCCGGGGGGCCCCGAGGGCGGGGGCCUGCCGCCAGAGGCGUGGCUGGCCGAGCUCGGUCGGCGGCUCCCCGCGCUGCGCGUGCGCGCGGUGCCGCGGGCGGCGCAAGAGGGCCCCGCGCUGGUGCUGCUGGGCGUGCGGCACGACUGCGGGGAGUGCGCGCGCCAGGUGCCCGUGGCGGUGGCGGCGCUGCGGCCCGACCGCGUGGGCCUCGAGCUCUGCGACCGCCGGCUCCGGCGGCUGCUCCCGCGGGGCCUGGCGGCCUGCGCGGCCCUGCCGCCCGCGGAGCAGCACUCGCUGCAGGAGCGGCUGUCCCACGGCGCCGAGCAGCUGGCCGCCGCGCUCGCCGCAGCCCGACUCGGGGUGCCCGCCGCGCCCUGCGACCGCGACGUGCGGGAGACGGAGGACAGGCUGCUGGCGCGCCUGGAGCCGGAGGUGCUCGUGGCAGGCGCCUGCGCCGCGCUGGGAGUGCCGAGGGUGGGGACCGCGGCCGCCUGGCUGGCAACGGCGUGGCAGCUGCGCCGCCUCUGCCGCGGCGGCGCCGCCUCCGCCGAGGCGCCCCGGCUCGGGGCGCUGCCGGCGGCCCUGCGGGAGGAGCUGGUGGGCUUGGCGCGCGCGCUCGCGUGCGACGCGCGGCUCCCGCCGGCGGAGAGGUGGCGGCGGCUCCGAGCGGCGCUGGACCAGGCGGCGCAAGGCGGCGGCGGGGGGCGCGCUGGCCGGCGUGGUGGCGGCCGUGGAGGACGCGCUGGAGGUCGCCGCGCGCGCGUGCCUGGUCGAGGA